AGAAAAAUAUGUAUAAAAACAAACCUUCAACAAAUGCUUUUGUCAAUAACAAAUCCAUACAAGAAGUUCAAGAAAUUGAUACAGGUUUAAAUAAUAAUAAUGAGGCAGUUGAUGAUGAUGAUGAAUUGGUGCUAGAAGAGAUAUCAGAAAUAAAAAGAGUGAAGACCUUUUCACUUUCAAAAAAUAAUUAUGAAAUAUGGAUUAAAAGCCUUAAAAAGAUAGGAUUAAACUAUGUUCACUAUGAUCAUCGAAGCAAAUGA